AUGACGACCCAACAGGCUGUCCGCCGCUGGAUCAUGACUGGUGCUGUCGCCGCAAUUACCGUAACUGGUACUAUUUACGGAGCUGGGCUAAAGACCAGGCAGGAAUUGAAACAGGAGAAGAGACGAGUACUUGAAGCUACCCCUGAAGAACGCAUUGCCCAGCUAGAGGUAGCACGCUCUGAGCUAGUCACCAAAAAGAAUGAGUUGGAGCGCAAGAUGGCCAGCGUUGCCGCACGUCGUCUGACAAAAGGACUACCGAAUGAAGGUGCAAAAUAA